AUGGCCGCUAAUCUGACGACGGUCAACGGUGCUCCUCUACCGCCAGGUACUUACUACUUCUCGCGCAUCACCGACACAGACCAUGCUGGUUAUGUAUGGAUUGUCGCCUUGCUCUCCUUGAUAUACCCCUUUGGCACACUUCUAGUACGGCUGAAUGUUAGAUGGGGUCUUUAUGGCGCGGACGACUGGGCGUUGGUGGCAGCGACACACAUUCCUAUCUUCGUUGGUUUGAAGGCAGGAUUCGGGAAAUCAAGCAAAGUCCUCGAGCGAGGUCAAAUUGCGAGCAUCGACGACUCCAUAUACGCGGCUGAAGUGCUCUUCAUCUUCGCAUAUACGCUUUCGAAGGUAUCGCUCGCACUGUUUGUCAGACGACUCUUCACCCACAACCGAAGGCUCAAUACUGCACUGUGCUGGUCGCUUCUGGGCAUUACCGUUGCCUGGGGUAUCGUUGCACUUUUCGUCCUCUUGAUAAAUUGCUCACCGCAUCACUUCUUUUCAAAGAGGAAUACCUGUCCAUCAUAUAUAACACGAUGGCGAGCUGUGACAACGUUUGAUAUCAUUACAGAAGCCGCCCUCAUGAUCGUCCCUUCAUACCUCGUGUCUGGCGUGAUGCUAGGCUCGCGGCCGAAGAUGCUUGUCAUGACUGCUUUCGCAUUCAGACUUGCUGUUGUUGGUUUCUCCAUCACACACCUGCGGCGGCUUUCUCGGACUGUCGAUGCCGAAGACAAGGGCUUCUCUUUCAUCUCGCCAGCGAUCUGGAUUCAGAUAUGGUUGGCAUGGUCGCUAGUAUCUGCAUCCAUACCAUCUUUCCGAGCAUUCAUGAAUCCUUUCGACAACAUAUCUGUCGCAAAGACGGACGACUCACAUAGUGCCUCACGCUCCGAAUUGAAUGGCGCGUAUCUGAUGAUGGGUCCGAUCUCCAAGCCAAGCCAUCGAAAUCAUGGCGCAUCGGCGCGAUCAGCAUCCCAAGGCAUGAGCUUGAGCUCGAAGCUGGGCACAAGGACGUCAGUCCACCACGAAUCCCGCGACAGAGGUGUCGAUGAGGCCCGAUCUAUGGAGAGCUGGCACUCGCGAUCAGGCAUCAUCCGCAAGGAAGUCGAAUGGGAGAUUAGGCACGACCACGAGCCGCUGUGA